UCAACUCUCAGGUGAACGUAAAUUUUCACAGAUUCGAAAUAAAUUCAACUUGUAGCAAACAGUUGACAUUAUACCGUUGUUGGGGUUGCUACUGUUUCGGUCGUCAAAAUAAAUAAAAAAAAAGAAACAAAAAAAAAAGAAAAAAAAAAAAUCGACAACAUACGUAUCCCAGUCCUUGGGGCCAAAUACCGCGCGUUGCUAUCGGGAAUAUUGAUAAUCGUUAUUCGUCGCAAAUUAAACUUCAAUUUCGCAUGAGAGCUUGUAUAUGUCCCCCUGCUGCACUCGUAUGUUGGCUGUUUGGAAUUUUUAACUUUUUUUCCGUAGUAUUUUUCGACAAAGGACGAAAAUCGUCAUUUCGGUUGAUAUAAGCUCUUUCGGUCUGCAGAAUUUUUUUUUGAUCGAAAAUAUAUUCAAUACACUCAAAUUCCGCAAAAUACAAAAAAAAAAAAACACUUCCGGCUCACUCUGGGCCAUUGAAUUAAUUUGAAGUGCCGGACGAUUUUAAUCAAAUUCAGCACCGGAUCGGUCCACAUAGUUCUUGGGAAACACUUGUUGUUUUGGCCUAGUUUUCAAUAUAAUAUUCUCUAUAGCAGGGCUCUUUGCCCGUCAAUCAAAGUGAAAUUGGAUAAAAUUGAUUAUAUUUUUUUUUCUGUCCAUUUAAGUGAUAAUGUUUUGUGAGUACUAUAGUGCUUGUGUUUUAUUUCAGUGAAUCUAUCUUUUGCUAGAAAACAAGUGAUGGCAACAACAACAAAUGUCUAAUUAAAAUUCAAGAAUUAAAUUGAAUUAACAAAAAAAGGAUACGCUUUAGCAAUUCAUAAAGGACUACGACGACGAAAUGUUGAAAUUGUUAAGGAAUAUCUGCAUUUGGAUGUGUUCCACAUCAUGUCUCUUUGGAUAUGUCACUCAUGCUGUUCCAAUGGAGUAUUUUGAUGAUCAUGAAUUUUCAUACGACAUGGACACAGCACAAUCAGAAGUUAAAUAUGAUCCAAGAUUACUUUCACAGCAAUUAAAAAAUCAACACAAUCAUGCACAAGAAAGAGCUGCACCGUGCUAUUCUGCUACCAAUAAAUACACUCACGGGCAAAGGGUUGCUCGAGAGGAUCCUUGCGAAGUAUGUUUAUGUGUUGAUGGUGAAAUAUUCUGUUGGUGGAAAAAAUGUGGUAAUCUCAAAAGAAGAAAAUUUAAAUCAGAAAAAAGUGCCAAACUUGGAAAACUGAGAAAGGGCAAAACAAUCGAAAGAAUACACAAAGAACAGCACCAGCACGAGCAGCAGCAGCAGCAGCUUCACUUGAAACAAAAGAAAAAACUUGACUACAAAUUCAAGCAGCAGCAACACAACCAUCAACAACAACAACAACUUCAGCAUCCGGCAAUAAGAAAUAAAAUUCUUACCUUCCCCGAGAACCUGCCCUCCGUAUUAUACUACGAUUAUAAGACCGAAGAUCAACAACAUCAGCACGAAGUCCACCAUGGAAAUCACGUGAAACUACCAGCAUCGUCCUUGAUGCCGACAACGACGACGUCGAUGGGUGGUGGUGGCCAUAACUCUGCUAAUGGAUUUGCUGGGGCCAAAAGCCAUAGCAGGGACGAAAAUGAUGGUGCGGAUGACGAUGAUGAUGAUGCAUCAUUAUCAGAGGUUGGAGUGGCGGCAGAACCUAUAUCAACCGAAAUGAAAUUCGCAGCAAAAAGUCACUCAACAGCGACGGACACGAGCAGCAUAAACAACUCAAUACAACAGCAGACAACGGCAAGGAUUCAAACAAUAACACAAACAACAACAACAACACAGGCAGCGGCUUCAACAACGGAACCAUUUUUGAACGAACACCCGAAGGAGGACCAAUCAAAUACCGAAAUUCAAUAUAUUAGUGGCCAUCCUGCAGGCGAUGUUGGGCAAAUGUUAAACAUGGUCGGCACAAGGCAUCCAGCAGCACAACUUGUCCUCCACCACAACCACACAACAACUAUGGCAUCGCAGUCCCAAGAAGUCGACCAUGAUGGUAUCCUUCGUGAUGGUCCUGAUGAUGGUAACCACACCAUCAUCUACCCAUCGUCCUCGUCCUCUUCUUCAUCGUCAUUGUCGUCAUUCAACUUGGAUAGCAGCAGUAUUAAACAGAACAACGAACAGCAAAGAGGCGUUGGGGCAACAUCUUUUCGCAGCUCAUUUAACGACUUUAGCUCGGAGUUCAAUGCUAGCGCAGCAAUGGACCUGGCUCUAAUCAUCAGCCAUCACAGUGCACACAAUGCUCCAAUUAUCCUCGAAGCAGACUCAAUUGCGAAUGCAUCAUCGUCAUUGUCGUCGUCGUCGUCGACGUUGCCGAAACACGAGUUGGGCGUUCCCCAAAGCACAACAAACACCAACAAUUCAGUCUUGAACACAACACUGGCGCCCAGCACGACUGUCAAUCCGGCACAGGAGUGCAUUGUCAUGGGCGCAUCCUACAAGAUUGGUGCCAUUCUACCGCAGGAUACCGGAAAUUGUCUUCAAUGUGUUUGCAUAGAAGGCACCACCACAGACGAUACACCUCGUGUUACUUGCAGUCCGCAUAAUUGCCCACCCCUAGUCCUUCCUGAUUUAUUUGACGCAACAGGAUAUUAAGAUGUGAAAAACAAAAAUAUAAUCGUUCGAUAUAAACGUAAUUCGCUGCACAAAAGGAAUUCAAAAUGGCUAUGAUGAAACCUUUCUAUAUCAAUAAAUCAACCAUUAAGCUGAAAACUUAAAAAUUUAGAACUAAAAUUAAAUAAAAAAAAAAAACAUUUAGAAUACAAAAAAUAAAAAUAUAUAUACAUUAUAAUAAAUAUAAGUAAAAAUGAGAAAAAAAAACUAUAUUGAACAAUAAAAAAAAAAACAAAAUUGUACGCUCAAAUAUUUUAGAAUUCUACUUUGUAUUACCUACUAUUGUAUAUAAACAUACACAACAACCAACAAAAAUUAACUAUUUUUUGUUGAAUCAAAUAAAAUAGAAAAAAAAAUCUUUUAUUCCAUUUUUUUGUAUUGAUUGACAGACAAAUAUUUCCAUUUAAAAAUUAAAUGCUUGUCAAGCAGGUUAGCAAACAAAAAAAAAAUCAUAAAAAGGACACACAA